CUUAUUUUACUUUCAUUUGCACCAUCAAAUAUGGCCCUUUCUAGCCAAAAAGCAUCGUUUUUUUCUACUUUUGGCCAUGACCCUUUUACGACUGUUGCGAUUUGACCGGGAGCAUCAUUGAUAUCUUGUUCAAUUGCAUCAUGUUCGAAGUCCCGGGCCCGUGCUUCCUUCUCCAACCUUCAUAUAUUCAUGCUUGAGGCCUGAUGGAAGCAGCAUCCCUUUGUAGCAAGCCCUUUACCCUUAUUCUCUCCCCACAUACCACAAUUUCUCAUUUAUUCAAGUCGACAAGAAAAAGAUUCAUUGUACAUGGUCGAAUUAACGAUCAAUUUUGUUAUCAUUGGAGGCGGCAUAGCAGGGCUAACAGCGGCGCUAGCCUUGAGCUCCGUCGGCCAUAAGGUUACUGUUAUAGAGAAACGCGGUACACUAGAACAAGGAACAGAGGGUGGGAUCCGAAUGGCUCCAAAUUUUUCGAAAAUUCUUUAUCAUUGGGGUCUUGAACAAGAAGUAAAGAAAAUUGCGGCGACAUCACGAGCUCUACGGCUGUACAUAUAUGAGACCGGCGAAUUGCUUGGAGAACAUAUCUGGGAUACCGAAGUCUUGAAAGAGACCAAGGGUGAAUUUCUCACCGUCCAUUAUUCUGCGCUUCUACAGCUUCUCUACGAUGUUGCCAUAAGUCGCGGAACAGAAAUUCGUUUUAAUACUUUAGCAACAAGCGUUGAUCCCGUAAGUGGUCGCGUAACCCUACAUUCUGGCGAGGUCCUGCAGGGGGACGUGGUUGUGGGUGCCGAUGGUCCAUCCGGGAUAACGCGCCGCGUGUUUCCGAAGAGCGAGGAGCGACCCAGCGGGAUGUCGUUGUUCAGCGCCACGAUACAUCGGAACAGUAUUAUCAAUGACCCCGACUUGGACUACCUCUACGAUGAACCUGUCACGAUGGCGAACUGGUGUGGUAAUGGCUACUCUUCUGCCCUCUAUCCAACAGGAGGUGACAGCGAUUAUUCUAUGUUGGUGUUCGGUCCAACUGAAGAGCCCUCAUUGGCUGCAUGUCAAGAUAUCCAAGAUUUCGUUUCUACGGCAGACGAAAGGCUACGCAAACUAGCAAGGAUGGCGACUUCAUUUACAUACGUCCCAAUCAUUGAUUGUCCGCUUCUCGACGAAUGGGUGAGUGGACGCUUGGUCGUGAUUGGUGAUGCAGCACAUCCCGUCUUGCCCGGAGCGGUCCAGAGUUAUGCGAUGUGUGCCGAAGAUGGUGCCACGCUUGGGAGGCUGUUCUCUCACCUGCACUCAAGUGAUCAGAUACCUAUAUUUCUAGAAGCUUUCCAAGAUCUGCGUCAUUCUCGAUGCAGUUUCGUCAUGCAGAGAGAAAAGGAAUUGCUUUCCUUUUUGACGCUUCCUCCUGGAGAGGAACAGAUCAUGCGCGAUGAAACCAUGAGGGCGAAGCGGGAUGCCGGACUAAGUGUACUGUCAGCCGCAGAUGCUCUUAACACUGAGGAAGCUGAAUGGUGGCUGGAAAUCAAGCACAUGUUCUCGUAUGAUGCGGAAGAUGACGCCGAUAACUGGUGGGUGCAGUGGGGGAUCCUGAGAUUAAGGGCAAAUGGUGUUGCGUUGGGAGGCAGAUUGGAGGUGUUCCAGAGUACUUCUAAGGGUUUUUAUGAAUCGUUGAUACCGACUUGAAGGUGUGUUAAUGAUACCUGUUACGUACUUAAUUCGUUGGUAGUCAGUAUAAAUCUCGGAAAUGAAAAUGCGAUUGGGAGACGGUG